CAGGGAGGGGCCGGCAUAUGUAAAACGUGGAGAGCAAAGCCUUCCGAGUAGGUACUGAUUUAAUCUAUCAAAAUGGUUUUAAAGAAGAAGAAAGAAAUUCAGGUAGAUGCCUUUGUUCUUGAUCAGCAACAGCUUGAAAGCCUUCAGUCUUUUGCAGAUUCAGAAGGACAGAACCUAGCCUCUCUUCUUUUGCGCUGUGGGAUGUUGACUGAUGGUAUUCAGCAAAUCCACUGUAUCAAACAGAUUGUGCCUUUACUUCAAAAGAUGGAUGCAACUUCUGUGUGUGAUUCCAUGGUUAAAAACUGUAUAGAUAUUGUGGGAGUGAUAUUUUUGUCACUGGAUAUAAAGAAUCCUUUGAAAAAGGUAUUGGCAAGCUCUCUAAAUGGCCUUCCUGAAUCUCUUCUGGCAGAAGCGACUCAUAGUUUUAUUGAUUGCCUCAGAGAAGAAUUAAAAACUACGGAUGUGUCUCAGUAUAGGAAGAUUAUGGAAAACCUUGUUUCUUGUGUGGAAAAUACCAAUAUAGGUAAACUAAGUCUGAAUACUCUGCUGGAAGAAGCUCUUCAGUUUCUACAGAAGUCGUUACUUGACAUAGAGGAUGAAAAUAGAAAGCUCAGUGGAAAUCGUAUUGCCCAAACUCAGCUGAUGCAUGAUUUGUUGAUGGGUGUUAAAGUUUCAAUGAUGUUGAUACAAAAAAUGCAAGCAAAUAUUCAGGAAGAUCUUUGGAAGAAAGUGGACUCUCUUAUAUGGAAAACUAUGUGCGGGCUACUGAACACCUUUACAUGCUUUUUAAUCAACGAAGAACUCUUACAGACUGUCCAGUCUACAGCAGGGUUGGCUCUUGUUCUCUUUAUUAAGACGAUGUUUGAACCAGUUGAAAAGCUGCCUUGCUUGAUCAGCAACUUGCUUCGUGGCUCACUGAAAUGUUCAGAUGUCCCAAACUGGUUUAUGGACAGCUGUGGGAGCCUUUGCACAGCUGAAAUUUCAGACUCAGUUCUCCUUUUUGUUUGCCAUGGAGCACUUGCCAUGUUAGAAUGGAGGAAUGGCAGCAUGGGGCAGAAUGGAGUGAAACUGCUCUUGGAUAUUGCCUCUGUUUUGUUGACCCUGAGUACACGGUUAAAAGAGUCUAACGUGGCAGCAUCCUUGUCAAGAGUUUUAGCUAUUUGGACUAAUUCAGCGCUGAGUGCUUUUGAGUCAAGUUUCGAAAACUUGGAUCUCCAUCUCAAUGGAAACUCAGACACGAUUAGAAAAAUGCUGGAUUAUGUGUACGCUCAUUGGGAACAUCCUUUGGAUGCUGUUAGGCAUCAGACCAAACUGAUUUUUAAGAAUAUCCUCCAAAUACACCAGGCCACCAUAAGAGAGUCAGCUAUAAAACUGGACCCUUUCUUGUUGGCAUUGACCGAGAGUUUGUUAAAUUUAGAAUGGCACGUUAAAGGCAAGUAUUCAUCACUUGGCUGUCUCGUGGAGUGCGUUGGCUGUGAUCAUGUUCUGGCGAUGGAUAGGACAAUUCCUGCUCAGAUCUUGGAUGUAAUGAGUGAUCAGUCUUUUGCACCUUAUGCGAGUGAUCUGUUGGAAAUCAUGUUUAUGAGUCACAAGAAGCAUCUUACAUCUGUGAUGGAAGGAAAAGCCUGGAUUGACAGUUGGCAUGAGACUUGGGUAUCUCCUCUGCUUUUAAUUUUGUGUGAUGGAAAUUCAGAGCAAGCCACUUAUAUAACAGAUUAUUACCUACCAAGGUUGCUAAAGUGUAGUCCUGAAAGCUUGAACUACAUGAUUAAAAUCCUUCAAACUUCAGCUGAAUCCAGUGUUGGUAAGGACAAGCUCUUAUAUUUAUAUAUGUUCUACUUCUGGAGUUUUUAAAAUAGUUUAGGUUCCUGCAAUACCAGAGGUGCGCUUGGAGCUUUAAUGGCAUGCCUGAGGACAGCCAGGGCCCACGGGCACCUACAGUUUGCAGCUAUCAUGCAUGAUGGCCUUGUGUCUGUUGGAUGUAUUAAACAAGGCUUAGUUCAUCAACAUGAUCAGGUACGGAUAGAUGCUUUAGGUUUGCUUUGUGAAAGCCACCGAAGCACAGAAACUAUCUCCCUGGAAGAGAUGCAAUUGAUUAAGUUUUUUAUUAGAUACAACUUGAACAACCAGUCUCCAGCAGUGAGGCAGCAGAUCUGUUCCUUGUUGAAAAAGUUCUUCUGUCGGAUAUAUGAAAGUUCUCAAACAAUUUAUAAAAUACAGCAAAUGAAACCAAAACAAGAUCCAGUCAAGCUGUUGAAGUGGAGUCCGUUAGUGACUUUACAAGAGUAUAAGGAUUUCAUGACAUCUCUCUGUGAUAUGCUUUUUGGAGCCCUGUUUCCUGGCUCAUCUCAUCCAACCAGAUUUACUGCAUUGACUGUUUUGGGAGUAAUAGCUGACAUAUUUCCGGUUUCAGAAGGCCAGAGCCAAGUAUUAUUUCAGAUAACACAAGAAGUUGACCCUAGUCGUGUUCAAACUCUACUGCACUGUUUUGCCAGCACAUUUGAGGAAGUAAAGAUCUUGGCAUUUGAAUUGCUGAUGAAGUUUCAUCGUGUGCUCCCUUAUUUCCAGGAUCCUGAAAAAAUGCAGCCGUUGUUUCAAGUGACAAUGCAGCUCAGCACAAGUACCAAGCCCUAUGAUUGCGUGACUGCUUCUUAUCUUCUGAACUUCUUGAUACAUCAGGAAGGCCUGCUCCAGGUCUGUUUAAAAAAUCACCUACUUGUGGACACAUUUCAGCCAGAUAAGGAUAUCUCGUCUAACCUAGUGGAAAAGAACACUUUGGCUGUUAUUAAGUACUUGUUAGAAAACCUUGAAGCAGAAAUCAUGCAAGCUGAAAAGUCUCUACUGCAAGCAGCUGCUUCAUUCCCAAUGUAUGGCAGAGUACAUUGCAUAACUGGAACCUUGCAUCAGUUACCAUUAAAUAAUUUGACACUGAUUCCUGAAUGGAAACAGAUAGUGGCAAAGCUUAUCCUGAUGUCUUUUAAGCUUUCUGCUGUAGUGUCCCCAGUAGUUCAGAGUUCAUCGCCUGAAGGACUUAUUCCAAUGGAUACUGACUCAGACACUUCAGAGCGUUUGCAGUUGGUUCUCCGAGAAAUACAACCCUGUGAUACCAAUGAUUAUUUCACAGAAGCAAAAUUGUUGAAAGAACACUCUGAACUGGAUUGCGCCACUGAAAGAUCUGAAAACAUUUGCACUGAAAUUAGAGGAGAAGAGCAGCAGACAUGUGAUGUAACGGCUCAAAUGGUGCUGGUGUGUUGCUGGCGAAGUAUGAAGGAGAUAUCGUUACUUUUAGGCAAGUUGUGUCAGCUUCUGCCGUUGCAAGCCCUUCCUGAUUCUUCAGAUGUGCUGAUAACUGUAGAGCAGGUGAAAGAUAUAGGGGAAUAUUUCAAGAAUCAUCUCCUGAAGUCCAGGCACAGAGGGGCAUUUGAGUUAGCAUAUUCUGGCUUCAUAAAGCUCACUGAAGUAUUCUCAAGAUGUAACAGUGAGAGUCUGCACAGGCUGCCACAGCAGUGGCUAUUCAAUGUAUUAGAAGAAAUUAAAUCUAGCAACCCUGCAUCUAAACUCUGUGCCACCAGACGCAGUGCUGGGAUUCCAUUCUACAUACAGGCUUUGCUAGCUUCAGAACCAAAAAAGGGUAAAACAGGAUUGCUAAAAAUGACAUUGAAAGAGUUGAUAUCUUUGGCUUCACCUUCAAACACACCCCGAAGCACUAUCGCACAGGUUCAUGCUUUAAAUAUCUUAAGAGCUUUGUUCAAGGAUACCCGCUUAGGAGAAAACAUCAUUCCUUAUGUUGCAGAUGGAGUGAGAGCAGCAAUAUUAGGUUUUACGUCUUCUGUCUGGGCUGUAAGAAAUUCAUCUACACUCCUCUUUAGUACACUAAUUACAAGAAUAUUUGGAGUUAAAAGAGGGAAGGAUGAGAACUCGAAAAAAAACAGAAUGACGGGGAGAGAGUUUUUUACUCGAUUUCCAAACCUUUAUCCAUUCUUGCUGAAUCAGUUGGAAGUGGUAGCUAGUGCAAUAGAGAGUGAAGGUGGUGAGUUGAAGCUCCAUCCAAGUUUGUUCCUUGUACUUUUGAUCUUGGGUAAACUGUAUCCUUCACCAAUGGAUGGCACUUACUCUGCCCUCAGCAUGGCACCCUUCAUCCCAUUCAUUCUGAAAUGUGGUCACUCUGCUGUGUAUCGUUCACGUGAAAUGGCGGGUCGAGCCCUCGUUCCUUUUAUUAUGACAAAUCAGGUGUCACAGACAGUGAAAUCUUUGUUGGCAGAUUUACCAGAUGGCACUGACCUUUGUGUGCGACAGAAUGCUGUUCAUGGAACACUGAUACAAGUCUUUCACUUGCUGCAGUCCCACUUGGAGUCCAAACGCAGAGCUAAUUCAGAUUUUCAACAAGGCUUGAGUGACAUCAUCUCUUCUGUUGAAGCCAAGCUGUGGCUGGCAAAAAGACAAAAUCCUUGUCUGGUGACUAGAGCAACAUAUCUUGAUGUUCUUGUUCUGCUGAGUAAUUACAUUGGAAAAUCUAGAAUAAAAGGAGAUGAGUUUAAAAGAUUUUGGGAGAAAAUGGCUACAAUUGUCUCUGAUUCUGAGCUGACAACAGGCAUCACCUACUCAUCUGCAGUGCCAGGAUUUGCACAGUAUCUCCAAAGUAUCACCAAACUAUUAAUAUCGAUGCUUUCAGUGACUGCUCAUCUUGGAUUUGCAAACCACGGUUUACUUGAAACAGGGAAAGGAACAGAUCCUUGUUUAUCAGUUGUGCAUCUGCUACAUUCUGAUUUCCAUGAAGUGCGCUUGUUGGUCUUCGAAGCGAUCCUGCUGUGGUUGAAACAAAUGGGUUGUAAACAUAUGGCUGAAGAAGGAGGAAAAGGCGUUUUGUUUCUACUGUCUGGUUUGGAGGAGAUGCUUCUUAGAAUAGCCAUAAAGGAAAAGCAUCCAGAAUGUUUUUGCAAGGUAUUGGAGGUUCUGUAUUGUAUGGAUUUCAGAAAAGUACUUCCAAAGACAGAAGAUACCAUAAAAAUGAAUCCAAGGGAUUUCUUGCGUUGGAUUAUGAAUGUUGCAGAAGCUUCUGACAGCAUUGAUAUUCAAAGCAUAUCCCUUAAGCUUGCUUCAAAUGUGAUCAUCCAUCUUGUACAAAAUUGGCAGGAGGAACUACAGUCAGAGAUGAAACUGUGGAUUCAGAUAGUCACCUAUUGUUGUGAAGAUGAACAACAGACUGAUCUCAAGUUGGCUGCUGCAGAUGUGCUUGUAAAUGUUGCACCAUUUUUCCUAACCAGUCAGAAUCUUCUUUUGGGUGUGUCUGAUACACUGCUUCUUUGGAAGUGCGUUAUUCAGCUGUUGCAAAGUGAAGAGCAGACAGUAAGAGACGCAGCUGCUGGUGUCAUCAGAGUGGCCCUGUCUCAGGAGAGCAUCUUUAGAAAUACGGAGCUUGACUUCCAUGUCGUAAAUGCAUCAAUGGCCUUGGAUUUAACAUUUUCCAUACUAUGUGAACUGUUACAGCAGUGGAAACAGACCAGUGCUGGAAUCCCUGUCUUGCUAGAGUGGUUGCUAGGAAAAGAAGAUCUGAAAGAUUUUGAGACUACAGCCUUGGUGGAAAACGACCAUCUGUUUGACAAAGGACAAACGAAUUUUUGGGCAGAGAAAUUAACACAUGCGAGACAGCUCAGCGAACAUCUCCUUCAGCUCAUACCAGUGACUAUUGUUAGUCCAUGUGAUCAAGGGAAACUCCAGCAGUUGAAAAGAUCAGCAUCUGAUCAAGCCCAGUUUGUGACACAGCUUCUGAAAAAAAUGCCUCCAGUUCCAGAAUUUUCUCGGACUAUGGAAUUUACCAAGUUAGCUAUUCAAAAGGAGAGAAUAUCAAUUUGCCUUAAGAUACUAACUUCACUUGAUGCUAGAAAUCAAGCUUGCAGGAAACAGGAAAGGCUUAAGAAAGACAACUGUUGAAAAUGUGGUCACUAAUGGCUCCAGUUUAAUUAUGCUGUGCACAAAAGAUUGGUACAUUUUGCUGUCACAAACAUCUGAGGAACUGUGAUAGUACACAUUAGAUACAUUUUCAUUCUUGAAUCCAUGGUGUUUUCAUUUGUCUUUAGGAAAAAUGUUUCUUCUGUGAACACAUUCAUUUUUUAAUCAGGGCCAGGCAAGGCUUUAUUGCAGCUACUGUAGGAAGCAAAAUUGCUAAACAGUUUCUUUCCAUGUGCCAGGUGCCGGCCACCUGCUGUUCUGAUCUCUUGAUUUUACACCAUAGGUUGUUCUUCCUGUUCAUAUUCCCUUUUGUCAUGAUAUACCAGGAUCCAUGAACAUACAAAUGACUUGAAUUGUGUGUUACUUUUGUAAAGGUAAUAAAGGUAGUUUUUAAUAUCCUUACCUAACUGCCUGGAUAAACGUGAAAAUGUGUCAUUUGUGAAAUAGUAGGAUUUGAGUCCAGAGCCUUUUGGUCUCCAAGGUGUUACUAGACUCAAAUCCUACUGUUCUACUGCAAACCAACACAGCUACCUACCUGAAACUAAGUCAUUUGUGGAAGGGUUUUGCUCCCUUUACCCUUGCAGAUUAAUAUGAAAUGCUAGCCCCCCCCCCCGCAAACUGUUACAGUUCUUUGACUGAAUAUCAAUGUCCAAAAUGAAAUAUGCUGUUCCCCUAAUUGUUCUAUUUCUUAUAUGGCCUCAGUUCUUUAAUGUACAUGUGUGCUUUGCUCCUCUAACAUAAGUAAGUUGCUUUUAAUUUGUAAUCUUUAUCUACCAGGACUGAAACAAUUCCGUACUAUAUUAUCAGACAUCUCACUGGCAAAAUAAGGCUGCUAUCUGACACAUGUUUCCAUAGGAGUUGUAUGUUAGAAAUUUCCUUCUGUAUGUUAAAUUCAGAAACAAGUUGAGGUUGAGUGCAACUGCAAUAGGGCUUUCUGACCCUACUCAGCCACAGCACCAGGAAGGAAUCUGCUUACAAAUAACAACUUUUGCCUUCUGUGCAACAGGUUAACUCCAAUAAAUGCUCAUACAUAGGUAUUUUAGGAGUCAUAGAAAUUCCCAAACAGUAAUGUACCUUGCUAUUUAUUGUUUUUACAUUAAAAUUCUGUAUAAUUCAUUAAAAAAAUUUCCUUUCCGA